AUGAACUACACAUUCGUGCUGGGCUUUGCGGCCGCGGCCGUGGCCCUCCACAUCAUCCGCAUGGUUCUGGCUUCAUGGCAACACUCACGCAAGGCCCGUGCGCUUGGCUGUGGGAGCCUGCCUUUGUUGCCGUGCAAGGAUCCUCUCGGUAUCGCUACUCUGAAGCAAUCUCUGGCCGCCGACAAGGAGAAACUCUUCCCGGAGCUCUCUGCGCGCCGCAUCGAUAUCAUGAGUGAGCAGGAAGGCCGCUACGUCACUACCUACGUGCUCCGUAGCCUGGGACGCGACCUGAUGUUUACCACGGAUCCUAAAAACAUCCAGGCCAUGCUGGCCACCCAAUUCAAGGACUUCCAGCUAGGUGAGGUGCGCGCUCAUAGCAUGCACCCACUGCUUGGUAGUGGAAUUUUUACCGCCGAUGGAGAGGAAUGGUCCCGAUCGCGUGGACUGCUGCGCCCGCAGUUCACUCGCGAGCAGAUCAGUCAGCUCGAGUUGGAGGAAGGACAUGUGCAGAAAGCGAUGCAGGCCCUGCCCGUUGCCGCCAACGGCUGGACGACCGCGACCGAUCUCCAGACCAUUUUCUUCCGUUUGACCAUCGACUCUGCCACCGAGUUCUUGUUCGGCGAAAGCGUGGAGAGCCAAUUGGGAGCGCUCAAGGACCUGCAGCGACCCGAAGACUCGUUCGCCUACUAUUUCGACAAGUCCCAGUUGAUCUGUGCCAAGCGCGCCCGCUUCGAGAAAUUCGCAUGUCUCGUGAACAAUAAGGAAACUCGAUUCUCGGAUAACAAGGUACACGAGUUUGUGGACCGAGUUGUGAGCAAUGCCCUCAAGGCCGUGGAAAACGGCAAGCGCCCCAUCGAUGAGGAGAAAAAUCAGCACUAUAUAUUCCUGGAAGCCCUGGUCUCCGUUACUCGUGAUCCCAUCGAACUGCGCUCGCAGCUCCUCCACAUCCUCCUCGCCGGCCGUGACACCACCGCCUCCCUGCUUAGCUGGACCGUGAUGAUGCUCGCCCGCCAUCCGGACAUCUUCAAGAAGCUGCGCGAGACCAUCAUCGAAAACUUCGGCACCUACUCCAACCCACGGAACAUCACAUUUGCCUCCCUCAAGUCUUGCCAGUACUUGCAGUACUGUAUGAAUGAGUCCCUCCGCCUCUUCCCUGUCGUCCCCUUUAACCGCCGCAGCGCCACCCGCGACACUACUCUCCCGCGCGGCGGUGGCCCGGACGGCGAGUCCCCCGUAUACAUCAAGAAGGGCCAGGCCGUCGCAUACAGCACUCACAUCAUGCACCGUCGCAAGGAUCUCUGGGGUCCAGAUGCGGACGAGUUCAAGCCUGACCGCUGGUUGGACCGUAAGGCUGGCUGGGAAUACAUUCCAUUCAACGGUGGGCCGCGUAUCUGUAUUGGACAGCAGUUUGCCCUCACCGAGGCUGGAUAUGUCCUUGUUCGUUUACUUCAGCGCUUCGAUCAGAUCGAGGAUGUUAAUGCGCACCAGAAGGUUCGCUGGGGUAUCACAUUGACUAGCUGCCCGGCGGAUCUCUUGACUGUCCGCAUGCACCAGGCCGAUGAUGCUUGA